AUGUCCACACCCACCUCCAACGUACAAGCCCCCGACCAACUCCCCUGGGAUCCGAACUGCGAGAGGUUUCCCUCUCGCAAAGAGCUCCCCGAGAUCCCGGGUGCGCCGAAAGACGCAGCCUGGGUCUGGGGCAAAGAUGACGCGGUGAGUGGUUGCCCUUUUCUCAAAAGAUUCAUUCAAGAUUGUGAUUCUAAUGCACUGCAGCUGGGACGCUUGAACCUGCUCACUCCUGCCAGAGUGAAAGAGGCAGCGAAGGAAAUCAUAUCCGGAGAAAUGUUCCGGCUCGAUCUUCCACUGCAUAUCCCCGAAGCGCCUGCCUUUGGCCGUGAGUGCUUCCACCAUGAUAUCAAGGAGGUCGUGGAGGAUGUCGUCUUUGAUGAUACGUAUACUCUGAAUACGCAGAGUAGUACCCAGUGGGAUGGUUUUCGCCAUUUCGCCCACCUUGAAUCCAAGACCUUCUACAACAACGUACACCCCGCAACCACCAUCAAAACCACCCCCACCACCCUCAGCAUCCACCACUGGGCCACCCACGGCAUCACCUCCCGCGCCAUCCUACUAGACUACUACACCUACCACACCACCACCCACCCCGCCCCCUACGACCCCUACACCACCCACCGCAUCACCCUCCGCGCACUCACCCUCUGCGCCGCCUCCCAAGGCAUCGACCUCCGCCCCGUGCACCAAGGCGGCGACAUCCGCCCGGGCGACAUCCUACUCAUCCGCUCCGGCUUCGUCGACCGAUACCACAGCCUCACGCCCGCGCAACGCGGCGAGGUCUCGCGUCGCAGCCACGAGGAUCUCACGUUCGCCGGCCUCUCCCAGGACGAGGACAUGUUGGACUGGCUCCACGAUUGCUAUUUCGCGGCCGUGGCGGGCGAUAGUCCCACGUUCGAGGCGUGGCCGCCUGCCAAAGAGGGCGGGUAUAUGCAUCAGCAGAUCCUGGCGUUGUGGGGCAUGCCGAUUGGGGAGAUGUGGGAUCUGGAGGCGUUGGCGGCCAGGUGUAGGGAGGUCGGGAGGUGGGGGGUUUUUUUGACGAGUGCGCCUGCGAAUGUGCUUGGUGGAGUGGGAUCCCAUGCGAAUGCGACGGCCAUUAUGUAG